AUGAAGAUGAAAUCAUUGGAAGACCCAUCUGAGGAGUCUACUCCUCCAGCAAAACAACAGGGAGAUAAUGUUUUAGUCGGUGUCGAUGAGGCACUCGCAGCUCAACAGGGCUCGACACCGGCGAAGGAAUUUCCUUUUGCUGUUGACCCUUGUCAGUCCCAAGCAAUCAAAUGCUUCGAUAGUGGGGAAUCAGUCACAAAGCACGUGUUUUGUACACUUCACCUAUCAAGGCACUCAGCAACCAAAAUUAUAGAGAGUACGUUAGAGUUCUCAGAUGUUGGUUUGAUGACUGGAGAUGUGACAAUUCAUCCCGAUGCAUCUUGCUUGGUGAUGACUACAGAAAUCUGGCUUAGUAUGCAGUACAAAGGAUCCAAUUUAUAUGAGAGAUGGUUUGGAUUAUAUUUGAUGAAGAACAUUACAUGUGCGACAGAGAAAGAGGGGUGGUAUGGGAAGAGAGCAUUGUCAUGGCCCCAAAAAACUCUUGAAUUCGUAUUCCUCUCUGCUACGGUGCCCUAUGCCAAGCGUUUGCUGAUUGGGUUGCAAAGGCUGAAUAUCAAGACAGAUAUUAUUCCUGAAAAAAUAGUUGGCGGUAGAGUUCAGGUCCAUCGGCAACCAUGUCAUGUCGUCUAUACUGAUUAUAGAUCAACAACCCUUCAGCAUUGUGUCUUUCCUUCUGGAAGUGAUAGUCUGUGCUUAGUGGUGGAUGAAAAGGGAAAAUUUUGCGGGGAUAAAAAAGCUUGGAAUGCUCUUGUACCUGCUAGCGAAGGUGAGAGGAAAAGGGAGAAUAGAAAAUGGCAGAAGGGUUUGAUGAUUGGUAAAGCUGGUGAAGAAAGUGACGAAUUCAAGAUGGUGAAAACGAUUAUUCAGCACCAAUAUGAUCCUCUAAUUUGUUUCAACUUCAGCAAAAGGGAUUGUGAAUUUCUUGCAAUGCAGGUAAUUGGUGUAAAAGUUGCACUUAGAGGGAAGAUUGCUUACUUUUGA